AGCUCGGCAGUGCGAUAGCAGAUGACGUCAUCUCGAUUGGUGAUGAAACGUCUGCAAUCCAAAUGCCAAGCUCGGCAACCAGACCAACAACCAUUCUGGCUGUUCUGCAUUCAGUUUUGGUUCCUACCGAUAUCCAAACAUUUCGCCGGGUAGCUCGGGUGCUCUGUUUGGUUGUUGGUCUGUUCGCCGAGCUUGAGAGUUGGAUCGCAAAUGCUUCAUCACCAAUCGAGGUGACUUAUUCAGCGGGUCACUCACCCACUCAACCCUGCACUGACGAUGUCACCUCGAUUGGUGAUGAAACGUUUGCAAUCCAACUGUCAAGCUCGACCAACAGACCAAUAACCAAUUGUGUUAAUGUUUCCCGUAAUAGUCUGUGGAAAACUU